CUCGACUCCUUUUCAUUUUAAGUAGGCCACCCCCCGACCUCUUUGAGUCCGCUGCUUGCGUCUGAUCGCUCGCCUGCCGCUAGCAACAAGUUCGCAUACCACCAAGGGAAGCAGCAGGAGGAGAAACUAAGACACAAUGGCCGAGUCGCUGCUUGCGCGCAAAUACAUCGACGGGAUAUACAUCCCCGUCGGCUUGCUCGUCGUGGGCACAGCCUUAGUGAAGCGCGAGUGGACGGCCUACGCUCUGUUGCUUGGAAUCGCGCUCGGUGCCAUCAAGUUUUUCAAUACCCGCCCCCAGGCGGUCCUCAAGCCCGACGCCUUCCAGGAGUUUGAGCUCAAGGAAAAGACUAUCAUCUCGCACAAUGUCGCCAUCUACCGGUUCGCGCUCCCAACCCCGACAUCCAUCCUCGGCCUGCCGAUCGGCCAGCACAUCUCGAUCGGCGCUCACCUCCCGCAACCAGACGGCAGCACCAAGGAGAUCGUCCGCUCCUACACGCCCAUCUCAGGCGACCAUCAGCCGGGCUACUUCGACCUCCUUAUCAAAUCCUACCCGCAAGGCAACAUCUCGCGGCACAUGGCGUCGCUGGCCGUGGGGCAGACGAUCCGCGUCAAGGGUCCGAAGGGCGCCUUCGUGUACACGCCCAACAUGGUGCGCCACUUUGGCAUGAUCGCCGGCGGCACGGGCAUCACGCCCAUGCUGCAGGUGACCAAGGCCAUCAUCCGGGGCCGCAAGGCCGGCGACCGGACCGAGGUCGACCUCAUCUUUGCCAACGUGACGGAGCAGGAUAUUCUCCUACGCGAGGACCUGGACCAGCUCGCGCGCGAGGACAAGGGGUUCCGGGUGCACUACGUGCUGGACAAGCCGCCGGCGGGCUGGGAGGGUGGUGUGGGGUAUGUUACAGCGGAGAUGAUUCAGAAAUGGUUGCCCAAGCCGGCCGAUGAUGUUAAGAUCCUGCUGUGCGGUCCCCCGCCCAUGAUUAGCGGCCUGAAGAAGGCCACCGAGAGCCUUGGCUUCAAGAAGGCCCGGCCCGUUAGCAAGCUGGAGGACCAAGUCUUUGCCUUCUAAGCUGUGGGCGACGUACCGAUUUGAAAAAGGGAAUGGCGGGGGCACCAAGAGUUGAAAUGGUGAGAAAAUAUGUUGUGCUGAUGGACGAGCUUAUGACUUACCAUAACAUUGGCAAAAUAUCAGGUAGAUAAAAGCCUGUACUUGUAUCGCGCGUCAAGGCGACGUGUUUUGCGAGUUUAUAUUCGCAUUCUAUUUAGAUUGGGGAUCUAAUCAUCUGAUGAGGAGGGUUAUGAGUCUAAGUAAUACAACCCCAUUCCCGCCGCCAG